CUGUGCGGAUUUAAAAAAUACUAUGUUAAAAGCAUCUUCGAGCAUUACAUAUUUUGUCCGAAAAGUAUUGUCAUUUUUCUGACUUUUGUGGAACAAAAACAAGAAAAAAAACAGUUUACAAGUUUUAACGCAACCACCUAGUUUUAAAUAAUUGCACGAUUAUACAUGUCGUAACAACAGUUUCCUGGGUAACUGUUGAUUUUAAUAAAUCAAUACAUAUACUACCAGUUUUUCGUAACUGGAAGUUUAUAAGUUUCCUUAACUACUAUUUACAAAGUUUUUAAUUUGUUAUGCGCUAUUUUUCUAAUUAUACACAAAGAUAAUAAUAAAAAGAGAUAAUGAAUUCAAGUAAAAUUAAUGUAAAAUGUUCUAAAUAUGAAAAAUCGGAAGCUAUAAGACGCAAUAAGAUGUAUUGGAAAAAUGUUAUAGCACAGUUGGAUAAAGACAAAGAAGAGCUGGACGCUUACGAAUUAAAAGACUUAUCAAGAGAAUUGUCAAGUGACUUGUGUGAAAGAGUUUAUGAGAUUCUGGAUUAUGAUAUGGUUCAACAAUCAAAUGACAAGAUUGCAGCCAAAACGGAACAAACGACCUCAAAAAUAAGAAGGGAGCCAUUAUUUUCGAAAAGAAAAGCAAUCGUUAUUGAACGAGAAUUAGAAUCAGAUACCGAUGUCGAAAUUUCUAGCAGUGACGAUGAACCAAAAGGAAUAAAUAUACAUCGUCAAUUUUUAGACAAGCCCGAACGAGAGCAAAUAACUUGGAAAACCAGAUUUCUUCAACCAGAGAGAGAAGAUGAAAAGAGUCUUAUUAAACGCGCUAACGAUCUUACGGAAAGGAUUACACAGGAUUUUUGCGAGUAUAUGAAGGACUUAGGCGGAGACCAGCAAUCACAGCUCUUCACGCCUAAGUGUAUAAAAGAAUUGUUUCAAGUAGAGUUUGACACACACGUAGCACGUAGUCUUCAAGUUGUACCAAAAGAAAUGCCGACUGUAAUCAAUAAAAUUGCGGAAGUUACAGGAAAUAUAGAGUUAUCCCGCAAUGCCGCCUUAGCCCGGGAAAUAACUAAAGAUAUUAAAAUAGAAAAGCGUCCAGAUCGACUAACAGCUUUCGGGCGAAGUCUUCCCAAAAGGGAACAGUGGCGUACGCCGCAAAAUGACACAAAGAACCAGUGGCGGUCUGCUAAGCAUGUUCCAAGAGAUCUCGUCUCAUUAAAAACUGUGUGGGAAGGAAUCACAAAUAUAAGGAGUGUAAGAGAAUACUGUCGUUGGAUGAUCCAACAUCCGGAGCACAGAAGAGCGCCUUACUUGAACAGUCUGGGUAUGUUUGAUCCAAGCGUGCUCAAUGCCAGGCUCACCAUGGAGUUGCAGCAUCCCGCAUCUCCUACCACACAAAACAACACUCCAGCGCCCAUUGGCCACUUACGGCGAAGGCUGUCACAGCUAACCGAUACCAAUUAGAUGUUAAAACUGAUUUUU